UGAAACAAAAGGUGACAUGAUGAAUGAAGCCCAAAAGAAAAGAGUUAGUUAGAUAAAAUUAAAGAUGUUUGUGUUGAUUUACUAGCUUUGUGGGUGUGGUGAGAAUAGGUACGUAGCGACGUGCGUGCAUGGCGCAGUGAGAGGAGAUGGCGAUGAAGGGAGAGGAGGAAGUGGACCCGGUGGAGGAGAUCCAGCGAGUCAUAGAAACGGUGGUUCAGUUCGGAGAGUACCGAAGGACGCAGAAGAAGGAGAGCCACAACCUCGUGCGUCGCUUCAAGCUCAUGUUGCCUCUCUUGGAAGAGCUUCGUGACCUGCCCAAACCCUUACACCAACACGGCCUUGCAUGGUUGGCCAAACUCAAGGACGCCCUUUUGUCUGCCAAGGACUUGCUCAAAUUGUGCAGCCAAGGAAGCAAGAUUCACCUCGCUUUGGAGUGCGAGUCGGUUAUGAUCAACUUUCAGAAAAUUUAUGAUAAAUUAAGCCAAGUGUUUGCUUGUGUGCCUUGUGACGAAUUGAGUGUCUCAGAUGAAGUCAAAGAACAGCUUGAGCUAAUGCACGUGCAACUCAGGCGAGCCAGGAGAAGAACUGAUACACAAGAUAUAGAACUAGCAAUGGAUAUGAUGGUAGUGUUCUCUGAUGAGGAUGAUAGAAAUGCUGAUAGUGCUAUCAUUGAGAGGCUGGCUAAAAAGCUGGAGCUUCAUAGUGUGGAGGAUCUCAAUGUAGAAACAAUGGCUAUUAGGAACCUUGCUAAAGAAAGAAAAGGGCAACAAAACGAGAGUACUCAGCGAAUAAUUGGCCUUCUUAACAGGUUCAAACAAAUUGCUGGAAUGGAAGAAACCAACGUCCUUGAUGAUCCUGCCAUGCCAAAGGUUCUUGAGAGGAGCACCUCUUUGAUCAUUCCUCAUGAGUUUCUCUGCCCUAUAACACUAGAAAUCAUGACAGAUCCUGUUAUUGUCACAACUGGACAGACAUAUGAAAGGGAAAGCAUAGAGAAAUGGUUCCAAGCCAACCAUAACACAUGCCCAAAGACUAGGAAACCUUUGGAACAUCUAUCAUUGGCACCAAACUGUGCAUUGAAAAGCUUGAUUGAAGAAUGGUGCGAGAACAACAACUUCAAACUUCCCAAAAAGUACAAUUCUUCAAGUCAAGAAAGCUCUACCAUAGACAGCAAAGAUGAAAUUCCAUCUUUGGUUGGGAGCCUAUCCUCUAUUCAUUUAGAAGAGCAAAGAAGGGCAGUGGAGAAGAUACGUAUGAUAUCAAAGGAAAGUCCUGAGAAUAGGGUUUUGGUGGCUGAACUUGGAGGAAUUCCAGCCAUAGUGCAACUACUAUCCUAUCCAGACUCAAAAAUUCAGGAGCAUGCUGUGACAGCACUUUUGAAUCUAUCAAUUGAUGAGGGUAACAAGAGGCUUAUAUCCAAAGAAGGUGCCAUUCCAGCUAUCAUAGAAGUUUUGGAGAAUGGGAGUUGUGUGGCUAAGGAAAACUCAGCAGCUACAUUAUUCAGCUUGUCAAUGCUUGAUGAGAUCAAAGAGAUUAUUGGACAAUCAAAUGGGAUACCCCCUUUGGUAAAGUUGUUGAGGAAUGGAACAGUAAGAGGGAAGAAAGAUGCUGCUACAGCUCUUUUUAACCUAUCUCUCAACCAUGCAAAUAAAGGUAGGGCCAUUAGGGCUGGCAUUGUGACACCCUUGCUUCAAUUGCUCACGGACACAAACUUGGGAAUGAUUGAUGAGGCACUCUCCAUUCUGUUACUACUUGUGUUGAAUUCAGAAGGAAGACAAGAGAUUGGACAACUCUCCUUCAUUGAAACCCUAGUUGGGUUCAUGAGAGAUGGGAGUCCCAAGAACAAGGAAUGUGCAGCUUCUGUUCUUCUUGAGUUGUGCUCAAAUAACUCAAAGUUUAUUUUGGCAGCACUUCAGUUUGGAGUGUAUGAUCAUCUAGUGGAGAUCAAACAAAAUGGAACAAAUAGAGCACAGAGGAAAGCAAUUGCAAUCUUAGAUCUCAUAAGCAAGAGCGAGCAAAUUUAACCUUGAUUUCGCAAGUGUAGAUAAAAUUGUAUUACUUAGUAAAUUAAAUUAAUUCUUCCAUAUAUGUUGUUGUACAAAGUACAGUUAAGAAGUGUAAUUACUGUUAAGAAGUGUAAUUAAUUUCUCUUUUUU